AUUAACAACACAUUUUGCAUCCAACAUAAGAGAUUAAGAGCUAGCAUUCAUUUCCCAUUAACAAAUACGGAGUAGUACAUUAUUAUUACUCUUUAAUUUAACUAGUCUUAAGCUUAUUAAUGGCUUUCACAAUUAACCAAUUCUUUUGCUUUGCCUUAGUCCUUUCUGCCUUGGGACUUUUGGCCGCCACCCAAUCCUUGGCUCGUCCUCUCGACGACCAUCCCAAAACCUUGUCGAUAAGAGAGAGGCAUCACCUUUGGAUGGCUCGACAUGGUCGAGUCUACAAAGAUGAUAUAGAGAAGGAGAAGCGUUUCAACAUUUUUAAGAAAAAUAUUAAACAUAUAGUGAAUUUUAAUAGUAAUACUUCUUCGAACAAGUUGUUCACAAUAGGUGUUAAUGCUUUCUCUGAUUUAACUAAUGAAGAGUUUUUAGCUACUCAUACUGGUUAUAAAAGGCAACUUCGUUCUGGGUCUACUGCGACUAACGGGUUAAGGUCUGAAGGCCUUGCUAGUGAUGUCUCCCAAGCAGUGGAUUGGAGACAACAAGGAGCUGUUACUGCCGUGAAAGACCAAGGGCAAUGUGGGUGUUGCUGGGCAUUUUCAGCAGUGGCAGCAGUAGAGGGACUAAAUCAAAUCAAAACGGGACAAUUAGUGUCACUUUCAGAGCAAGAACUCGUAGAUUGUGUCCAAGACAACCACGGCUGUCAAGACGGUAUGAUAACGAAUGCCUUCUCAUUCAUCCAGCAAAACCAAGGCAUAACAAGUGAAGAUGAUUACCCUUACCAGUCAACUCAGGGUCAGUGCCAGGCAGGGUAUCUUGGAAGUAAUGCAGUGACAAUAAACAGCUUUCAAAUUAUUCCUCAAAACGACGAGGUCACUCUUAUGCAAGCCGCCUCUCAGCAGCCUGUCUCGGUUGCCAUCGCUGUUAGUGCUGAGUUUAAGGCCUACAAUGGUGGUAUCUUCAACGGGGAAUGUAGCAAUGAGUUGAACCACGCUGUUACUAUAAUAGGGUAUGGUACUGAUGAUACAACUGGGACAAACUAUUGGUUGCUCAAGAAUUCAUGGGGUGAAACUUGGGGAGAGAAUGGAUAUAUGAGGAUUAUCAAAGAUCAAAAUCAAUGCGGCAUUGCUUUGGAUGCUUCUUAUCCUAUUUAAUCUACUUCUUCAUGGAAUUGAAUCUACUACCUAUGAUCGAAUUCAAUUUCAUGGAACAAAUUAAGCUAGCCAAAUUAAUUAACUAUACAUUGGCUAAUGUUUUGCCUUGAGCUUUUCGUUUUUUUUUUUAUCUAUUUAAGUGUAUGUCUACGUUUAUCAAUUCAAAUUUUAUCAAUUUAUUUAGAUUUUAAUCGUGCUACAAAUUUAUUUAAUCAUGUGUUAGACUUGUGAGUUUUAU